GGCCUCACACACACCGGCUGGGCGCAGCCUUCUUGAGCACGUGGUACACGGGUGGCAGCACCUGACAUUCCAUUCGUGUGUUUCAUCCAACCCGCACGUCCAGCGAAAAGUUGGGCGUGAGCUCGUAAGAGUUCAAAAAAGUCCGUGUUUACAUUCCGUUCUAAAAAUGUUCUAUUCAUAGUACAAAUUCAAACAAGUGACAAUGGCUCGCUUGCUUCAUUCCCCUCUCGUGUUACUCGUUUUCCAAGUGAUCAGGGCAUGCUCAGGAUGCGACGACGCUCUCCUUGGUAAUGCGAAGUUAUCAGCGUCCUCUGAGCUGUCUAGAGACAGAGGUGCAGAUAAAGCACGUCUCAAUAGUGGCUCUGCAUGGACGGCAAAGAACUCGGACUUUGAUCAGUACUUACUGAUAUCGCUUAAGUCCAAGAAGACCAUCACAUCCAUUGUCACCAUGGGCAAGCAGUAUAGUCCUGAGUUUGUUCAGGAGUUCAAGAUUUACUAUGGUGACCAUGGAGGGGACUUUACUGAGUACAAGGAUAGGGAAGGCAAUCCAAAGCUCUUCAGAGGAAACAGCGAUGGUGACACAGAGGUGCGCAACAUGUUUGAGUAUCCAAUAGUUGCGCAGUACAUCCGCAUCAACCCGACCCGGUGGAGAGACCGAAUUUCACUCAGGGCGGAGCUUUAUGGUUGCGAGUAUGAGGCAGAGGCGCUGCAGCUGGAUGGCCAAAGUUACGUGGUGAUGGAUCUGAGCCGCCGGCCAGUGACUUCAACAGAGGACGUUCUGCGCCUGCGCUUUCGAACCAACCAUGCAGAUGGUCUUAUUCUCUACAGUUAUGGAUCGCAGCGCGAUCUCUUCACUCUUCAACUUGUGCACAACCAGCUGCUCUUCACGGUCGACCUUGGUGGCGAAGGGGUGGUGACCGAGGUGUGGUGCGGCAGCCUGCUGGACGAUAACCUGUGGCACGAUGUACAGGUCUCCCGUUUUCGACGAGAGCUGGUUUUCACAGUUGACCGUGUGGUGGUUCGUCAGCGGCUGAAAGGCGAUUCCUUCCAACUGGAUUUGAAUAGAGAGCUUUAUAUUGGUGGUAUGCCAAACUUCAACCAAGAAGGCAUCAAAGUGGCUGCCAAUUUCUCCGGCUGUCUGGAGAACCUGAUGAUAAAUGACACUAAUGUUGCGUAUGAACUGAAGCGGGAUCGGGAGAGCUAUAUAUACAGCAAGGUCGGACAAGUGCUGUACAACUGUAGGUACGAACAAGUCAUCCCUGUUACAUUUGUCACCUCGGACUCGGUGCUGAAGGUGAACGGCUACAUGCAACCGAGCAUGAACUGCAGUUUUGAUUUCCGGACUUUCAACGAGCGAGGGCUGCUGCUGUACAACAAGUUCUCCAUCGAAGGCUAUGUCAAGCUAUUCCUGGAUGCAGGCCGCAUUCGGGUUGAGCUUCAGGGCAAGAAGACACCUGUGGUUCUCCUCAAGCCAUUUGAUCAACUCCUGAACGACGGCCAGUGGCAUCGCCUGAUACUGGCCUUGCAGACCAACCGCAUUGAGCUGCACUUGGAUGGAGUGCCCAGCAUCACCACACGUCUCUUCUCCCUAGAGACGGGCGGCCUGUACCUAGUUGGAGGUGGUGUUUAUGGGAUACAGGGCUUCAUCGGCUGCAUGCGCUACCUGUACAUUGAGGGGCGCUACAUCAACGUGCUCACUGUCCCAUCCAACCAGGUGGAAGGGCAGCUGCGGCGUGACGCCUGCCAGAUGGUGGACCGCUGCCAUCCGAACCCAUGUGAGCAUGGUGGUUUCUGCAAGCAGGACUCUGUGGAGUUUGUCUGCAAUUGCUCAGAUACCGGUUAUGCUGGAGCUGUCUGCCAUGUCUCACUGCACCCGCUCUCGUGUGAGGCGUACCAGAUGAAGAAGAAGCCUGACGAAACAAUGGCAAACAUCCUCAUUGACGUGGAUGGCAGUGGACCCCUUACUCCAUUUCCUGUUGAGUGUAUCUUCCAUCCGGACAACCGCAGUGAUACCCUAGUGCACCACAAGAACGAGAUGACAACAGAUGUUAAAGGCUUCAAAGAACCAGGGAGUUUCAUCCAGGACAUCGUGUAUGAUGCCCCCAUGGAGCAGAUGAUCCAGCUUGUGAACCGGUCAGCACUUUGCCGGCAGCGGCUCACCUACGAGUGCUUCAAUGCACGCCUGUUUGACACAAGUGUGCAAGACACGACCCCCGACACGUUCUCACCCUAUGGCUGGUGGGUGAGCCGGAGCAACCAGCGUAUGGAUUAUUGGGGGGGCUCCAUCCCCGGCUCACGCAAGUGCCGCUGCGGCCUCUACGGGUCCUGCAAGGACCCCCAGCGCUGGUGCAACUGUGAUGCGGGCAUUGAGGAGUGGCUCUCGGAUGGUGGCGAGCUCACCGACCGAGACUACCUUCCUGUGCGGCAGCUGCGUUUUGGGGACACCGGGUCUGCCUCCAUGCAGGAGGACAAAAAGCGUGGCCGCUACACCCUCGGACCACUGGAGUGCCAGGGAGAUUCCGUUUUCGAUGAUGUGGUGACCUUCCGUUUCACGGACUCCACCAUUGAGGUGCCACAUCUGAACCUGCGCCACUCGUGGGAUGUGUACUUCCACUUCAAGACAACUGCAGAGAAUGGGGUCAUCAUGCACAGCAAGGGACCAACCGACUAUGUCAAGCUGGUACUCAUUGGAGGUGACCAGAUUCAACUGUUGUAUGAGACUGCUGGUGGAGGACCCCAGGGAGUCAGUGUUGAGACGUCGUACAAACUGAGCAACAAUGAGUGGCACUCAGUGCAUGUCGAGCGCAACCGCAAGGAAGCGCGCAUCGUCGUCGAUGGCAGCCAGAGCGCCGAGGUGCGCGAGAAGCCCGACCGUUCGCACGCCCUCCACCUUCCAGGCCAACUUGUCAUCGGUGCAAGUGUGGACUACAAGGAAGGAUAUGUGGGCUGCCUGCGAGCCUUCAUGGUCAAUGGGGAGCCCCUGAAUCUGAGGGUGCGUGCGCCCCCGGGCCUGUAUGGAGUGUCUCUGGGCUGCGUGGGCAAGUGUGCCUCCAACCCGUGCCUCAAUGGCGGAACCUGUCUCGAGGGGUACUCAGGCUACACGUGCGACUGUCAGUGGACGCCUUUCAAGGGACCCAUCUGUGCUGACGAGAUCGGCGUCAACCUGCGUUCUGACAACUUCGUACGCUAUGACUUUGAGACAACGCUGUCCACCUUGGAGGAAUACAUUCGUGUGGGCUUCACCACUACGGAGCACCACGGCAUGAUCUUUGGAAUGUCAUCACGCACUGGGGAGUACCUGAACCUCAUGAUGUCAACCAGUGGUCACUUGAGACUGGUCUUUGACUUUGGCUUUGAACGUCAGGAGAUCAUCAUCAAGAAUGAGAACUUCGCCUUGGGUCAAAUUCACGAUGUCCAGAUCAAGCGUACUCACAAUGGAGAGAGGCUGACGAUAUUCGUGGACAACUAUGAACCUCAGGUGCACACAUUUAACAUUCGAGGCAAGGCUGAUGCUCAGUUCAACGACCUGCUUAGCAUUUACGUUGGACGAAAUGAGUCAAUGGGCACCGGUGAAGGCUUUGUGGGCUGCAUUUCACGGGUACAGUUUGAGGACCACAUGCCGCUAAGACGCUACUUUCAGGAGAGCCGGCGAAGCAAUGUGCAUGCCUAUCCUGAAGGAGCCGUGCGAGAGGACACGUGUGGUAUUGAGCCAGUCACGUAUGCACCUCCAGAGGAUGAGACACGGCCACCGCCUACGCUGCCACCAGGGGUGUACCGAGAACCCUGGGCUGUAACCAGCUAUGUUGACUCGGCAAUCCUGGGCGGUGUGCUGGCAGUGAUCCUGGCAGCAAUUGUGAUCAUGGCUAUCAUCUUGGGUCGCUACGUGUCGCGACACAAGGGCGAGUACCUCACGUAUGAAGACUCUGGUUCUAAGGAUGCACCUGACGCAGACACUGCUGUGGUGCAUGGUGUCAGAGGUCACGACGUCACCAAGAAGCGAGAAUGGUUUAUAUGACGGGUUUUUAAAUCAGCUUGCCUCAUCACCUCCUCUACCAGGCAGUGGCGCCCUCUGGUGUCAUCCAGCAUCAUGGCACAGCACGAUCCCAGAUUGUGCUGUUUCCAGAACUCUAUCUCGUGCUCGAGCUUUCACGAGAACAAGGCACUGCUGCCCACAGCAUCACGAUUUCAGCUCCUGGCCAUUGCAGCUGCAUUUCAGUGGAGGUGAUAUGCUCAAACACCUGUGCACCUUGGUAAUUCUGCGCAUUAACGCAUCUCCAUUGUUGAUUGACUUUAACCUGCAGCCAGUCUGUGCAUUGUUGAAUUAAUGUUGUUAGUGGCACUUUUUUAUCAGCAGCUUCUAGGCACAUUUUCCUGCCAUUUUUGUGACUAACGCAUGAUGAUGGCAGGAGAGAAGUGUGGUAAAUGACCAUCAAAAAGAAAAGAAAAACAAUACUGCACACUGCAGUUUACAAGCUCUUUGCCAGUUUGCCUGAUGAAAAGUGCCAUGUUUUCUUGUUGGAUGCAUUUAGAGACCACCAAGCUGUGUUGAACUUUAGAGGCACUGUUGUGGUUGCUUUGGCAUGGUUUUCACUGCAAUGUUAAAAAGGUUGUUAGCAGGUUUUGUACUACAACCUACUUCUUGGUAGAAAGUGUUGUUCGGAGGAACGCAAAGUUCUGCUUUUUAAGUCUAUGCACACGUUAUUGUUUUAGACCAGCCUUUCAUCCGUGUAGGCAAUGCGGGAUGUGCACUAUGAGAACACAUUUUACCUCAGUAUGUUUUCAUCCGUGCUGAGUCAAUGAAUAUGCACUGAGGACCAAGCUGCUGUACAACCAAAAAAGAAAACAAAUGAUUAGUUGGACGCAGAGCUGUUUUGAAUAUGGCCUGAAAUUAUGUUGUGGUGGCUCAUUUCUCAUACAUCUUCAAACACAUUCCUCAGGAGGCUUAACUUUUCCCUGCAGCUUAUUCUUUGGAAAGAGUUUUGUCAGCAAGCUUCCUUUUUCAUGGGCUGGAAGUGUGUUCGUUAACAACACUUGUUUUAUGGCCAUGUUCCUAUGGCCAGGUCCCACUAUACCCGCAAAGUCAAGCGAAGGUUCGUGACAGUUAAACAUUCCACUUUUUUACGUGUACCUCAGUGCUAUGAAAGUACCCAUUCUUAUCCAAUGUGAUUUGCUUAUUGCCCCUGCCCUUAUUUUCUGCCUAGAAUUAAGUUAUUGUCAGCAAACUCACUAGAGCAUGCUAUUCAAAGCAAAUCACGCUUUUAACGCGACAGCAGGCAAUCUGGCGUUGGCGUGCGAUGUCGGCGGGUGGCGGAGAAAAUCAUCCAACCACCCAGACAGCGCAGGUCCACCACGUGGUGUAAGGUUUUGGUGAACAAAAAUUGAAUUUCUCACUGUGAAAUCCGUCAGAAAAAUGCUCAAGUACAACUUUACCAUUCGGCGUCGGAUUCGCCGUCGGAUUGUUUACCAGUAGGUGUUGGAUUGUAAUUUGAAUGUACGAGAAAACCUAAUUCUGCUACGAGGAAACUCGGACAAACCCCUUUUCCAGCAUUUCUACCAGACCUACAGCCGCGCAUUCGGGUACUUGCAAAAAUGAUAUCCAGAUGGCGCUCGCAUCCUAGGCAGGUCAAAUUGGGACUUCGCCUGCUAAUUCGUUCUGGACGUGCGCGCGUCGGGGCAAUAGCAAACAGUAAUAAAAUAAUAAAAAAAGGUGCUAGGGCCUUCACAUUUUAAUAUAAGACCACUUAUAUUGCCCCUGGAAAAACGUCUUUCCAGCAGUGCAUUUAUGUUUAAAAGUGAAGCCAACUUUAAUGGGAUCGGUGUAAGCAUAGAGUUUCUCACUAUAACACCAGAGGGUAAACUGGCGCCACCGUCUAUGCGAGUUUCUUAAAGGGCUGCCGGAUAUGUGUCUGCGAGGCUUGUGUUGGCUGGUGUUGUACGAGGCUUCGUCUAAAACGUGGAUGUGGCUACAUAAAUAACGCGUUCUUAAAAUAAAAUCUACAUAAAAGGCUUUCAUUCACCCAUAUUACAUCUCUCAAUAAAGUUUACUCACCUACAAUGCAGCAUCAAGCGAAGAAAAGUAAGAACAGAUGACAAGUUGUUCCAAAGCGAGCGAGAAUCUUGUCGUCUGCCCUCCUACUUUAGCGGCCAGCUGAUACUUUUUACGUUGCAUAGAAUUGUGCAUCCAAUAGUAUGUCCUGAAAAUUAAACAAAACAUGUUUUUGUGUAAUAAUAAAGCUAAAGCAGUUUUUUACGUCCUGUUUUAGCAGGAAAUGAAUCAUUGUGACAGACGGAACGUUGCUAGCCAGGCGCGUCUUCAAGGCGUUCUGGCUCUCCAAGAACGAUGCCAAUCCGAAUCCACAAUAUACCAGCAUUCCCUUGCAUACCACAGCGCACCAGCGCCACAUUUCCCUCUAGGUUUUAUAGUGUGAAACUCUAUGGGUGUAAGCUUGGUCUUUAUAAGCUGGCUUUCCCACGUUCAGUGUUGCAGUGAAUGAAGGCUACUUGCGGUAUAUGAACGAUGCGAUGCGAACAGGUCCCGAUAACGCUAUCGCGUUCCACUCUUAAAGGCGAAGCUUAAGCGUACUCCAAGUUUUUGGGCGGCUGUGAUAUCAACAAGCAGACUGCUCAUGACGGACACGUUGAAGCACUUUUAAUUGUUUGUUUCACAAGUAAAUGCUGAAAAUUUUAGUUGGCUUGUUUAAUGCGACUUUUGUGUGAAUCUCGGAGCUCUGUGAUAUUGGGUUGCAGCCAUGUUGAGUGCUGAUUGAUGCCAGCAACGGGUAGGCACACACAAAGUGACCGUUUGUGUAGUGACGACUGAUAGGGAUGUGACCGUGUCAAGCUGGCUUGUGACAUUUUGUUCUCUCGCUCCUUCAGCACUUUUUUUCUCUUGAAUUAGAGCAUCAUUUUUGUCUUACCUGUGAAAACAUGCAGACACAGAAAUAUUCGGGACAUAAAAGCAACAAAAGAAGCUUCCCCCAAUUCCUGGCCUUGUGGUUGGGCUGCUAGAUUAUUUGACAUUCUCGUGGGUUCAAUGUUCCAAGAACUUCUGUGCCUGUCUCUACAAAGCACAGUAUGACUGUCUGCUAUGUAUUACCAACACAAGCUUGUUGUACAUAUCAGGAAUUGAAUUUCCAACACAUGUCACAUUUUUUUUUUCUUUUGCGCAUUGCUAUUGACCUUCCAAGCUUUUUUUCUUGGAAAAAGCAAGUGUGACAUCAUUGCUCUUUGAUUUUACUUCUCCUUUCCUCACAACUUUUUGUUGCCUAAGAAUGGAUGACACUUUUUUUAGCGAUAAGAAUCUCUGACAUCGGAGACAAAUUACUGGAAGAUCUUGCCCCUUUUGUAAUAGUACCAUACUCUGCAUUAAGCCCCCCCCACGCCCAGUCUUUUAUUUCGCAAUUAACUUAAAAGGCGUAGUUUAACAUGUCUUCAGAGAACUGCUCUUCUGAUUUUCUGUUUCUUUGCUUCUCAUGCAUUUUAAAGGCCUGCUCCUAGCUGAGCUAGUUAAAGGCGUGCGUUUCCCUUUACCUAUCGUUUAAAUAUCACUGCCAGAGAGAGGAGACCCUGCAGCCAGGGGUCUGCCUGUGUUGAACCGUUUGCUCAAGCUGGCUGACCUUGUCGCUGCACUGUUGCCCGUCUGGUUUGAACGUCCAGAGCUGCAUCUCAAUUGUAUAUAGUGCACAUCUCACUGUUGAGAGCUGUGACAAUGGCAGCAAGGUAUGUAUACUGUCGUGGAUUAAUUAAAUGCGAACAGGUUAGGGACCACUAGAAUGCACUCUUUCAUUUCCGCUUUCACUAAUUGUGAUGGCAGCGUGAUUUCGGCAACUGGAUGAGUGGCAAUGCGAAAAUUGGCAGUCUCAAGCUGUUACUCAUAUGAUGUGUUCUACCUUAUACUUUCCGUUCACAUUUUAUUUCCCUGCGAUAGUGCUCGUUUGCAGCUAGCAUUAAAUGGAGUGUGUAGUCUGUGUUGAGUGUUCAUUAGUGCCCACUUCUUGCCUUUCGGUAGUGAUUGACCAACAUUUCAACUAGGUACCUAACUAGAGAGCAAAGAGCUGAUAUCUCAAAUGUCAUGCAAAGUUAUGUUUGUUUUAUACAUAUAUUUUUUUUUAUUUCAUUUGAAGAUGGCGGAGUAAGGUCAGACUAUAUUUGCACUGUUUUCCAGCUUAAGUUAUUAAUGCCUCUUUAGGGUUGACAUGUAAAACAUACUUUUUAGCUUGAGAACUGUCAAGAUUAUGUUACUGUUUUAGUGUUUGUGGCAUGUUAACAAGCAAAGUAAUCUAGAAGCUGCUACCAGUGUAGCCAUGAGACUGCUUGUCUAAGCUCUUACUGGUGUUCACCUUACAAAUGACCAGUGUCACUCACUAGUGAUGAACAUUGUUUUUUCUGCCUGGUGGAAUGGCCAGUCAUGAAAAAAUGAAAUCUAGUGCACAAUUAGCACCAUUGUGGAAGAAAAUACCUAAUCGAUACCCAAACAGUGGUUACUACAGAGCCACGAGUUGUAUCAUGAUUUGGUCGAUGGGGGCGAAAUGCAAAAACGCCAGUGUGUCGUGCAUUGGGUGCACGUUAAAGAACCCCAGGUAGUCGAAAUGAAUGUGUAGUCCCCUACUACGGCGUGCCUCAUAAUCAUAUUGUGGUUUUGGUGCAUAAAACCCCAGAAUUAAAUUUUUUUUAACACCAUUUGGUGGAAUGUGCUAGGCAGCUCUUGUGUUUGUGACGGUGUCACAUUAUCUUUCAUUUCACUGUGGAGUGAAGAUAUCAAAUGAUGUGAAACACAAUUUCCUUUCUUAUUGGUGUACCAUACAUAACUUCACCUUCUCUACAGUGCAUUAUUAGAGUUGUAGAAUGUGCUUUCUUGCGCCAAUUUGCCAUUCCUUCAAGUGAUGUUGAAGGAAUGAUGAUGUUACAUUUCUUGAUGUUGUACUGGAGAAUAAGAAACGCAUUGCAAGCCUCAAGCUUUUCAACAACAAGGGCAAAUUAUUUCUGAACUGAUGGCAUCUAUUGUUGCAUUGAUCAUGUUUUACCUUAGAAUGUGUUUGUGUUGCUGGGUUUGCUUGAGAUCUUGUUUGGUGUAAGUCGUAAAGUCGUAAAUAUAGAUCACUUAUGUUGGUUAUUACAUGAAACAACCAUGUCACCAUUAAUAUUGGUAAACCACCAUGAAAGCUAUAUAAUUAUUUUGGGCAGAGCAAACAAAUUGCCAUGUGAUGUGACUGCAGGAUAUGAGUGAUAGAGGUGCAGCGGUAGUGCAAAGAUUGAGCUGUGUUAGCUGAGGAGCGUCUUGAAUAUCUGUGUAGCUGCAAAAAAUAUCCAGUAUUGUUCAAAUCCGUCCAGGCCAGACACAACCUUGGGAAGUGUCUGUGUAUAUAUAUAUAUGUGUGUGUGUGUGUGUUGUUUAUACACCAGCAGACCCGGUGGUCCAGUGUCACAGGAUCUGGAAAUAAAA